CUUUAAAGUGUAAUAUAUAUUGUUUUAUUUGCAAAUAUGACUUUCUUUGAUAUUUAAAAAAAUAUAUUACACGUGACAUCACAGUUAUGUCUCGCCGUCUUUACCUUCAAACCAGUGCGUAUGGACGGUGAGACAUAUACGUGAUGCCAUGUUUUGCAGGUCUAAUCUUGUAUGAUUAUGUUACUGGUGUUGAGCGCAUUUCGGCGUGAUGCUAAUUUAUUAGCUCUGUUUACGUGGAAGGGUAAGCAUUAGAUAAAAAUGGGUAGUUACGAACGUGAGCAAGCAGCAUUACAGAAGCUGUGGGAAGAGUGUAUGUCCGAUGAUGAGAGUAAUAUAAGUGAAUUUGGGGACGUAUAUUUAUCAGAUGAAUAUAAACCUAAGUCAGACGAAGAGACAUCCAGUGACAACAAUAUUUUAGUGGAGCGUGCAAAGAGACGUAAAACUUCAAUCAAAGACUUGGGCGACAAUGCAGCAGGUCCAUAUACUGCAGAGCACAAUAUAAGCGUGGAUGCGGAAGACACGAUUCAAAAUGUAAUAGAAGAUGUCAUUUCUCAAUAUGCAAUUGAAAGCGAAGAUGAAGAAAUGCAGACUCCUGAUUCUGGUGACAAUAUAAACUGGGGUCCUGUUGACGGUUCAUCACUCAAACAUUUUGGUGUUGCUGAAGCUGAUAUUGGAAUAAAGCCUGAAUUUUAUGAAAAUUAUGACAAGGAGCCCUAUGAUUUUUUCAAAUUAUUUAUUACUGAUGAGAUAAUAGAAUAAUGGUAUAUCAAACAAACCUCUAUGCUGAGCAAGUACUAAAGGAAAACCGACGGCCAAAGGACAUGUGAAGAAAUGGGUUCCUACUACAAGCCAAGAAAUGGAAAAUUUUCUUGGAAUUAUAUUGUGGAUGGGACUUAUGAAACUUCCACGUCUAAAAGCUUAUUGGAGCACUAACAUUUUAUACAUAAAGAAAGUAAAAGAACUCAUGGCCCGAGAUAGGUUUGAACAAUUAUUGAAAAUGUGGCAUUUCAACAAUAACGAAGAUGAAAGUUAUGCAAACGACAGACUUCGAUAACUGACACCUUUAGUGAACAAAUUAUUGGAUAGAUUUCAAAUGAUCAUCAAACCAGGGUCUGAUGUAUGCAUUGAUGAAACCCUCGUCCCAUUCCGUGGUCGCCUUAGAUUCAGGCAAUAUAUAAAAAAUAAGAAAAAUAAAUUUGGAAUAAAAUUGUAUGAGUUAUGUACUGCCGGAGGUUAUACAUUUAAUUUGAAAAUAUACUGUGGACUUGAUAACACAGGUGGAGGCAAUGCAUCAUCUAACGAUGUUAUGUCUUUGAUGAGUGAGCUUUUAGACACUGGACGGAUACUUUACACUGACAAUUAUUAUACCAGUGUUUCAUUGGCUACCCAAUUGUUAGAAAGAAAAACGCAUCUCGUAGGAACAGUGAGGUCCAAUAGAAAAGGUAACCCAAAAGAAGUAUCGAAUAAAAAAUUGAGAAAACAUGAAGUAAUAGGUCAGGAGAGCGGUACCGGCAUUGUAAUGCUCAAAUGGAAAGAUACUCGUGAUGUGUUACUAUUGACCACAGUACACACUGAUGAAAUAAUCAAAGUUCAUCAGCGUGGAAAAGAAAUUGAAAAACCGCAAGCUAUAGUUGAUUACAAUAAAUCGAAAGCUUAUAUUGACUUGUCAGAUCAGCUAAAAACUUAUUUACAUUGCUUUAGAAGGGGCAACAAAUGGUACCGGAAACUAGCAAUUGAAUUAAUUUUUGGUUCUACAUUGGUCAAUGCAUUUAUUUGUUAUAAAAAAGUAACACAAAAUAAAAUUCAAAUUACGGAAUUCAGGGAGCUUUUAGCAUUAUCACUUCUAGGUGUAAAUAACAAACCUAAUGAACCAAAUCGAAGAAAUACAAAACACGAGCUUCAAGCUAAGGAUGAAUUUGGUCGAAAAGAAGCGCAAAGCAAAACACCGAGGACUAAAUUUCAGUGCACUCCUUGUAACAAGAGCUAUUGUAUCCCGUAUUUUUUUGAAACCCAUCAUGCUGAGAAAUUGGACUAACAUUUUAAAUACCAUUAUAUUAUUUUUAAACCACAUUAUAUAAGUUGAUUUGCACUUCUUAGCUGUAGAAUAUACGUUUAUUUUAUAUUGCAUUUCAUUUUGUUAUACUUACUGUAACUAUAUUUUCUAAAUUGAAAUAAAAUUGUAUGCUAUCUAUAACAUAGUAUUUUAGUCAAAUAUCCACAGCCGGAUAACAGAAAACAUUCGUAUAGACGGCUAACUAUCGUUUCCCAUUCAUUUGGCAUUAUAGCGAGACACUACACCGAACCACACCGUCUUAUUCAAUAUUUAACAUGAGACGUUAUUGUCAUGUCUCACCGUCCCUAGAUUACCUAGUCGGUGAGGCAUUACUUUAAUGCCAUACCGUGCUCAACGUGUUAAGUAGACAUUGAUACAUUGCAUAUAUGUUUGAAUAUAUACGUAUGAGUUCGUUUAGAUAAUAAUUUGCAAAAAACUGUAAACCAUAUCGUUAUAAUAAGAUAAUAUUCCGGAUAUACCAAUCCACUGAUGAUAAACAUAAACGUGUUCAAAG